AUGGCCGACUCACGGCCCGUCCACUUUUUCGACCUUACAUCCACGCUCCCAGGCACAACCAAGUCAUGGUCCCCCAACACGCUGAAGGUGCGGUUGGUGCUGAACUUCAAGGGCGUCCCCUACACCCAAAGCUGGGUGUCCUACCCGGACAUCGCGCCGUUGAUGAAAGCACUGGACGUGGACCCCAACGGAACCGGAACGCCAUACACCCUGCCGGCAAUCAAUCACAAGGCAUCGGUGACAACCAGCUCCUCGGGCACAAUGAUGGAUUCUCUGCCGAUCGCCCAGCACCUGGAUAAAGUAUACCCGUCGCCGCCGUUGUUCCCGUCCGGUGACGCCAGCUAUGCGCUGGCCGUCGCUGUCGCCAGACUCACGGGUCUGAUGGCGCCGAGUAUCAUGCUCCUGGUGAUCCCGCGGGUGACGGAGUCGUUGGACCCGCGCGGCAAGGAGUAUUUUGAUCGCACGCGCUCGGAGCUCUUUGGGAAGCCCUUGUCGGAGGUGCGGCCGACCGAUGAGGAGACCUUGCUGGAACUGGGGAGGGACGGGAAGACCGGUCCGUUCUUCGAAGGUGAGAAGGCGGGCUAUGCGGAUUUCAUUAUGGUUUCGGUGCUGGCAUUCUUCCAUCGGUUUGAUCGCGAGGUCUGGGAGAAGAUGCUGGGUCUGGGAGAGGGCCAGUUCAAGGCGCUGUGGGAUGCCUGCUCGCCGUGGUUAGAGGGUCAGGGCGAAGAGAAAGAGUGGCCGGUGCCACAGUAG